AUGGUGAAACGGAACAUGGAGAUUGGACCACUUGUUUACUGGAUGAUGAUACAAUGCAGUCUCCAUGUUGCAUCAUCACCAUGGGCUCCUUAUCCAGAAACAGCAAAUGAGCACAACAAGGAUGAGAAUAGGACAUUAAUAAGGCGUAAUAAUUUUAGCGAACAGUUACCGAAAUUUAAUCCACAGUUAUAUAGCAAUUACAGAGCUAGAAGCAAAACCCGCUCAGACGAUGACUACAAAAAAAGUUUGUUCAAAUUACAAAAAAAAACUGCCGACUUUGUUGAGCAACCAUUUUUAUCUUCUAACAUCGCAAGUCCCGGUCUUAUCGAAGAAAAUGCUUCGCACGAAUAUGAACCAUCACAUGAAUCCCAAAAUUUACCUGCAUUUCAACCUUCCAUAUUUCAAGACGAAAUCCAUGAAUUCAUUCAAAAAAAAGAAACAAACAACGAGCAACUACAAAAGCCUUUAAAUGAAGUAAGUAAUGAAGCUGUAGCAGAGAGUAGACUAAACCAAGGGGAUACUUUAACAGUCACAGAUAAAUCUGAAACGUUGAUUACCACAUUAGCUAGUGAUAAGGUGUCUGAGAAACCCGCACAGAGACUUGACUCCACCGACCCAGUAACGGAUAAAAAGAUCAAUGAACCAACCAAGACUAGCCAAACACCAAUUGAUGAAAAAAUAUUUUUCCCGCAAAACUUAACAAGUAUAUACAUGGAAGAUUUAUGUGAGAAACUGCGAGGUACCAUAUACGAAACAUUGUUUUGCGUUCUGUCUGAACAAGCUCGUAAGCAAGAAAACAUCGAUAAAACGACAACACCUCAAAAUUCUGAGAAUAACAUUGACCGUACAACUAAUAAUAUUGAAAUAUCAACAGAUGUAAACCCAAUAGUUGAAGAUACUGGCAAAUCAAUGGUUGACGAUAAAAUAACAACUGAAAAAAUUGAGGCUGAAACUAAUGCUUCAACAAUCGAUGAUCCCCAAAAACCCGCGAAUGACUCGACAAAUAAACCAACUGAAGCCGACAACACUUCUAAACCAGACCAGACAACCAAGGACACACAUAAACCAACACAAGAUCCAACGCAUGAAGAGAGCACUCAGGAUGAAAUGACUACUACUAAGGAUGAAAUGACCACUGGAGCAACGACAAACGCUGACAUACCAGUCAUACCAAUAGACACAAGCAAGGAAACAGAUAUACAAGUCAAGAAUUUCCAGACGUCUACAAAAGACUCAACUGUAGAGCCAAACACUCACGAACCAAUUACUGAAAAUAAACCUACGGAUGUAAACACUUAUGCCCCAACAGAGUCCACAAAUAAUAUGCAAACGGAUAAACAGAACACGGAGCCCACCGUACAAGCUGACCAACAAAUGGGUGAAAAAACCAAUGUGCCUACGAAUGAAACACCAACACACGAAGCUACUGAGGAAUCAGUAACCGAAAAUACCCGUCCACCAAUGCAAGUGAACAUUAGCACGCCGAUCCCCGAGCAAACCGGUACCGACAAUGUAGCAAAUGAAAGCCAAAAUAAGCCAGAUCAAUUAAUCUACAAGCCAGAGAAUUCUCAUGCAAUUAUCUGCGUAAAAUUGAUCGGAACACAGUUCGAGACGCUCUUUUGCCCUCCGCAUCCGUUCAUCCAGUCGCCUUAUGAUCAUACUCCUAUCCCACCUCACGAACAAAUUAAUAGACCAUCUAACAAAGAGACGCAAUAUCAUUACCAUUAUCAUUAUCACAACCAUAACUCUAGGCCACAGUACGAAAACAGUGACGAUUUACCAGGCAAAGACGGUAGUCAACCAUAUCACAUCCAACCACAAACCGAACCAUUACUCGUACACGAAGAAACUACGGAGUCAUCACCAAACGCGCAGGAAGAGCUAACACAAUACGAGAAACCCAGCGACGAACCGACUACAGAGACACCAUACGAAAUUUCCCAAGAAUCACCAUCACCAUCAGAUUAUGCCCAAGAAUUACCCGAUUAUAACGACGAUUAUAACGUCCAACCCCUAGACGAGCCUACGUGUUCACCACCCACGCAAACUUCUGAAGACAAACCACCAGAAGAACCACCAGAAUAUGGGAUAUCUGAACAUACCCCAAAUCCACCUUGUGUGUGCCCUGAACACACUCACCAAGCACCACAAGAACAUCAUCAUGAAUGUAAGGAACAUACUACACCAUCACAAGAGCAUAUCCAAGAACCGCCGCAUGAAAUUAACAACAAACAACAGCCAGAACACCAAAAUGUACCAUCAGGCGAGCAUUCCAACGGACCAUGGUACGAGGAAUCACCCGAUGUCCCUAAACCACCAAUCGAGUAUUACUACGAAAUGCCAGACGACCCAUCCUACGAUCCUCCACACGAGUAUAACCAGAAGCCACAUUUCUUCGGGAAGAUAUACAAUCAUUUUAAAAAGGGAAUUCAAGGAAUACAUAAAUACAAAAAAAAUAUAUUCGACAAUAUCCUGUUUGGGAAUCAACAGUGCCGUAAGUGUUUUCCGUGGGAAUUAGGGUUACAAAAAAAUUGGAACCCAGUAUCUAACGGCGGCAUAUUUAAUAGGGGCCAAGCACAUGGAAAUAUCCGAAUGCACCACAGGUUACCAUGUUGUCAGAAUCUACGAAACGGUCGCUAUUAUUUAUACCAGAACUACUAA